UGAAUUAAAAAAAUUCAUCCGCAUCGACUAUUGAAAUAUUCGUAAUUUUUUCUUUUUGUGAAAUUUAAAUUUAGCAUUGAAACUUCGUAAAAAUGGAGUUUAGUUCGCCGAAAGAUGAAAAAAGAAAGCGAGUUGGCAGUCAGCAACAACGCGCAAACAUCUCGUCUUCGUCUUCUUCGAGUAGUGCGCCUAAUCCUAACGGUAAUAUUAAUAAAGAUAAACCUAACAACAGUAGCUUUAAUUCCCUUCCUUCCUCUGCGACGACUAUCAAGAGACCCCCGCCCAACACUGACAAACUUGAAAAUGAUUUCCUAACUGAUUAUCAAUUUCAAAAUAUUUUCGAUUUUCCACGGAAACAAAAAGAAAAAGAUUCUAGUAGGGAAAAACCGUCGACGUCAUCGUCAUUUUCAUCUCAUUCCGAAUCCCAAAUACUUUUGAAAAAAAACGACUCAGCAAAGGAAAACUUGCCAUCAACAUCUCAUCAUUCCACUGUUAGGAAAAGAGAACCCACAGACAAUCCUAACAGCAGUUGUGAAGAUGGCGUUGCCGAUGCCACUGAAAACGUUCCCCGUCGAUCCGGUUCUUAUUCGUUGCCAAUGUCACUUUCGUUUGGCAGUAAUGUCAAGAAAGUCAGUAGGACGGUCCCUGCAAUCAAUUGUAAAGAAAAAAUUAUAUUCUGUAUCGACAUAUCAAAGGAAAUGUUUCAUACAACAUUCAAUGACGAUCAACCAGUAAAUACUCCUCCAUUCAUCCAGUAUCUUAAAAAAGCCAUGCAUAUUUUCAUGGUCAACAAAUCUCGAAUCAACAAAUUACAUGAAUAUUCCAUUAUCCUUCUCAGUAAAACGGCUUUAUGGGUGACUGAUUUCACCAGUGACAUCUUCAGAAUUUUAGACAUGUUGAAAGAGUUGCCAGAGUCAGAUGCCGUUGAAUUAGACGUGAAUUCAAUAUUUCAAACAAUACAGAAGCGCAUCACCAUGAACCAGGAAUCCAUAGAUGAAAUGAAGACCCCGGCGUAUGUCUAUAGGGCUAUCCUCAUUUAUGCCAGGCAAUUCCACAUACCUGCCAUUGAUUUAGUGCAUAAUGAAUUCUUUCAGAAAUCCGAACAAUUCGUAAUGGACGUCAUCUACCUUUAUAAUGAAACAAUCAAUGAUAACAAUUCUACUCAAAUCUUCAAGAACCUAUGCACCCUGGACUUCCAAGGGGUCUCCUAUAUAAUGGGAGCCUCAAAACCCGCAGAAUUGUACAAAUGCUUUUCGCAGAUGUUGGGCCACCCGUACCAGAGGCCAAUACAGAAAGAUGCACACCUAAGGAUAAAUUAAUCAAAUGUUCAAUAGUUUCUCUCAGUUCUCUUAGUUUUUCUUAAAUUUUGAUAUAGGAGUCAAAUUUUGUAUCCAUUUACUAAUCAGUUCAAUGUUUUUUGUUAUAUUUUUGUGUAAUUUUUUUAUUUAUACUUGAUGAUUUCAAACAAAUUUCAAUUCUAUAUCAAAAGCUGCUAGUUUUAUUAUUAUUUUACCGAUAAAAAUGUAUUUGUAGUAUAAAAUUGGAAUAAUAAUCUAA